CCUCCUUCCUCGUUCUCUCGCACUGGGCCCCCGCGGACGGGGCAGUCCCACAGCCGAGCACAGCCCGGUGCGCCGCCGCCCACUCGCCCUGCGCCGGCUGCAGCUGGAACCCGGCCCGGGAGCCGAGGGGACAGCGGGGAUCGCCACUUCCAGCCCGGAGCUAGCGGGCACCUCUGCUGCUGGAGGACAACCCGGAGAACAUGGAGGAAAGACCGGCAGAAACCAAUGCUAAUGUGGACAGCUCAGCAUCCCCAUCAGUGGCCCAGCUGGCCGGGCGCUUUAGGGAACAGGCAGCUGCUGCAAAAGAGACACCAACCAGUAAACCAACAAGAAGAAAACCGCCCUGCUCCCUCCCCCUGUUCCCCCCCAAGGUAGAGCUGGGCCAGAAUGGCGAGGAGAAAUCACCGCCCAAUGCCAGCCACCCUCCUAAGGUCAAGGUGAAGAGUUCUCCUUUGAUUGAAAAGCUUCAGGCCAAUUUAACCUUUGACCCAGCGGCUCUGCUGCCUGGAGCGUCGCCCAAGAGUCCCGGACUCAAGGCCGUGGUGUCACCGUUUCACAGCCCUCCUUCCACCCCCAGCAGUCCUGGCGUGCGGUCUCGGGGCAGCGAGGCAGAGGAGGUCCCUGUUAGCUUCGACCAGCCUCCUGAAGGCAGUCACCUGCCCUGCUACAAUAAGGUGCGGACGAGGGGCUCAAUCAAGAGGCGCCCUCCCUCCAGGCGGUUCCGAAGAUCCCAGUCGGACUGCGGUGACCUGGGGGACCUCAGGGGCACAAACACAACUCAGGAGAAUGGCGCCAAGGAAGAGAAUGGAGAUGAGGUGUUUCUGGCCAAGAGCCGAGUCCCGGGGACCCCACUGUGCAGCGGGGGAGCUGCAGGAGAGGGAGGGCAGGCACCCCUGGGGCCUGGGGACAAGCCCCCUCUGAGGAGGACACGCAGCGAGGCGGAGAAGCAGGAGGAGCGGCCCGGGGCCAGGGAGGAGGAAGACCCACACUGCGAGAGGGCUGUGCAGAAUUCAGAAGGGGGGACCCCCGAACCCUCACAGGCCUCCAGCCCAGAGGCAGAGAGCGGCCAUGCCAAUCCCAAGGAGACAAAGCCAGCAGAAGAGCAAACAGAAGGAAAGGGGGAGCAGACAGGAUGUGCAGAGGCCAAACCUGGACUGCAGAGCCCAGACUCCAAGAAGCCAGAGGAGGGGGCAGCUGUGGGGGACCAGGUCCCCCAAAGUCCACCUGCAGGCAUGGAAGACAGCGACACCUCCAAGCAGGAUAAAAACCAGGAGAAGCAAGCGGAAGAGGCACUCCCCGAGCCUGGCUGCAGCCCCAGAAACAGCCACACCCCACUGGAGAACAAUGAGGUCCACAACAGCGAGCCAGCCGACCCCAAGGAAAAGGGUGAUGCCCUGGGCCUGGAUACUAAGAUGUGAAGAACUCCCGAUGCCCGAGAAAUGAAGCUGCCCGGGAUGUGCCUUUGCCAGCAUCUGCAGCAAUGAUAACAGUGGCAGGAUAGGGCCUGUCUGGAUUCCCCAGGGACCCAGGAUAGAUUACUUCCUGCCUCUGACUGCUCAAAUGGAGGGCGGAGAACUUUACCCAGCCUGACUCUUUAUCAUUUGAUGGAUUGGUCUGGAAAAAAAAGAAGAAGAAGAAGAAGAAAAACUUAUUUAAAACAAUAGACUGUGAUCACCCCACCCCCAGGGACACUGGGCAGCCUGCAGGAGCCUGGAGACCGACCACGGUGCCCUCUCCCUCUAGCUAACCUCUAACGGAGCUCGGAUUGAGCAGUCCAGGUUUUGCUUGUGUAGUUACUAGCUGCUUUGCUGUCCUAAGACUUCUGUGGUUCUCACAUAGAAAUAAAAACCGAAUCAGAAAGAAGAUAAGGGAACAGUGCUGAAAAUACAGAUCCUGGGUGUUGUAGGAGUCCUGCAAUGGGCAUCCAGAGUCCAGUGAGAACCUUUCAGGUAGAUCUCAGUGUGAAUUGGGCAGCUGCUGUUUAAACCGCUGAGCUAGAAGAGAUGAGUGAGGAAACAAGCCUAAGUGUGCGCCCCACCUACAGGAGGAGGCUUGGGUUGAGGAUGGCCACAGGAGGUGACAGCUCAGCUCGACCGCUUUGCCAGCCCAGAGGAGCCUUGAAAAGCAUCCGUCAGAGGCAGACAAGUCUAGGUCUCUUGCUCUGCCCUGCACUCUACCAUUCUGAAGACAUAGCAGCAACACCCACUCCCUGCCAGCUCUCUGAAUUCCCUUGCAUAGUGAAUUGGGUCCUUCCAGGUUGGACUUGAAUGUGGAUUAAAUAAAUGUUUACUGGCAGACACCUGGAGCACCAGGAAAACAGCCUUCCGAGCUCAGCCGGGAAGCGUUCCUUGGAUGGAAGCCCAGGUUCUUUGACUCAGGGAGACCGGAUGGAAGUCUUUGGUCUGUUCUCACUGGGUAGCUCUUGCUUUAAUGUUCUGUUGGGAGAGUGUAGGAGGUUUUUCAAGGCACAGGCUAGCCACUCCUUGACUUACACCUUUUCCUGUCUCCACCCCUUCCUGCUGAAAGAUGUUAAUGCAAAUCAAUGCUUAAUUGUUAGGGUAGGUCCUUAUUCUGACUUUCAACGUGCUAAGUUGGUGAUGGUUAGGCAGUAAACUAUCCUGACUUCAGAAAACAGUCUACCAGACAGAAAAGGCCUUAUGUCACUACUGGUACCUCGAUAUAUAUAUAUAUUUUUUUUUCAUUGUACUUACAGUUUUUCUAACUACAAAGUAGUGUGGAUAUUUGGGAUAUAUGUAUAUUUUUUUCAAAGCAAUUUUUAAGUAGAUUGUAACUUGUAUCUGAUUUGUAACUUGGUUGACAUGAAUGCUGUCAUGGCUAUCAUAAACUUUGGAUUUGUGGCAGAAUUUA